GCCAACAUCAGCACUAAGGGCUCUGCUCCACCCGAUUUAACCUUGGAACGGAUGAGGGGAAGGCACUGUGCUUCUGAAACACAGAUCAAUGUUCUGCCCACGCAUCUGCCUUUCUUGUUUCCUUUCUGUCUGGCUUAGUGAUUCAUGCAGCGUGCAAGCCAACAUCUUCAGCAAGGGAGCCCGUUCCACAAAGUUUGGAGCGUCUUGUGACUUCAUUCCAAUCUGCAGUUACUGUUGGAAAUCGAAGGCUAAACAAGAAAUUCGGGGAAAAAAACGGCUUAGCAGGAUUGAAGUCACGACUUUUCGAGCAGAUAUCGGUUACUCAACUGGAAAGAAAAACCCAAUGCAGUGUAAAAUUAUAUAUAACUAAAAUAAAUUUAACAUAAUUGGUAAAAAAAAAGGGAACUUUGAAAGCUCCCACCUUUGGAGAGCACAUUCAGACAGCCACAGCUGUAGAAAGUGGGCUGAACAAUAUUUGAGCUACCCAAUCGCCAGGCAGAAAUUCCAAUGAGCUGAGUUAUAAGAUAAACCGCUGUCAGUUGAAAGCCUGGCACUGAAUUGCUCCCAGUUCUCCAGUUACCAGCCGCUUCCUUGGGGCACCAUUAUGGUGUGGAGUUUGCUGCUCGCUGCCCUGUUCGGCUCAGUGUCCCCCGAGCAGUACAGAGCCGAUGUGAACAUGGCCGGGAUCCAGGGCACAGUGCAGUUCAACAGCUCCUCCCGAAACAUCCAGAUCGCUUUAGAGGCCGAUUGCGAGCAGUUUAUCAUUUCCGUUCACGAGUUCCCGGUCAGGUACGGGAAUUUCAGGGACCCCUGCAACGAGUCCAACAUCGGCGAGAGAGUGUACAGCCUGACGGCGGACAAAACAGAGAGCGUCGUGACGGACAGCAGCCUUUUUCAGAACAGAACGGACCUCUCGGAUCUCUCCGUCACCAUCGAGGGUUGUCGCAAUGCCACUAAAGCGUGUGCCACUGUGAGGAAAGUUGGCAGCACCUCGACCUGGCAAGGGAAGUUCUUCUCGUCCGUCGCAGGAGAUGUCUACAUUCGCCAGAAUGCUGGUGAGGAAACAUCGAGGAUUCUCACCGAUCUGAUGGCUAUUAGCCAGGGCGACCUAGGGGUGAUGAAUGUGACCCUCCUCCUGCAAGGAGGGACGGAGAGCUGCUCACUGGCACCAGACAGUACUGUGCCAAAUACUGGCACAUUGCUCGGCACAUUCAAGGUGGGUACCCCUUUAGCCCCUAUAAAAAGCCGCAGAGAUGGAGUCAAUUUGACAGACAGGACCCCCACACAGUUUCUGUACAUGUAUGAUGGUUCUCAGUGGUUUUGCACUGAAGUUCAGGAGCUAAAAGCGAAAGAAGCCUGUGCUUAUGUAGAUAUGAAAGGUGUCCGAGGAACUUUCAAGUUCCAUCAAGUUUCCCCGUUUGAUGGCACCAGCUACACCGUGUCUCUGAAGAACCUGCGCCAGCUGGCUGGCCCUUACCAUGUUCACAAUUUCCCAGUGCCCCCACGCCGUACUCCUGGAGAUCAGCUUUGUGCGAAUGAUAACCUGGGAGGGCAUUGGAACCCAUUUGGGAAGGUCCCUUCCGGGCCAUCCUAUCCUCAAGACGCAAAUGAAACUCAUGAUCAGUAUGAAGUAGGGGACUUGAGUAAAAGGCAUGGCUUCCUAACUGGGCGGGACACGUUUGAAAACACCUUUAAGGACUGGAACCUGCCACUGUUCGGGCGAAACAGCAUUGUUGGGCGUUCUGUCGUUAUCCACCACCCCAAUUCAUCACGAUGGCUGUGCGCUACCAUUGAGCAUCUCAGUGAAGUUACAACAGCAGUAGCAGUAUUUACAAGACCAGUGUCAGGAAGAAUCAUUUUUCAACAACAGAAAAACGACCCCUAUUCGGACUUGUCCAUUUUUAUGGACCUUUCCUAUACCAAUUCAUCCGCUCGAAUAACCACAAACCACCUUUGGCGCGUUCACGAAUAUCCCAUAAGCUCUGAACUGGAUUCUGACUCAAAUAUUUGCUUAAGUACCAAGGGAAAUUUUAACCCUUUCAGAGUGGAUACUGGUGGUCAAUAUGACACGGAGUGUGGCCCAGACAGUCCAUUCCGAUGUGAAGCUGGAGACUACGCUGAGAAACAUGGAGCACUCAAACUGAGCAGUGACAACAGCGCAGUUUACAGCAAGCACUUCUUCACUGACACCACAUCAGCACUUGCUGGGCAACUUUCCAUUGUUCCUCGAGCAGUGGUGCUUUAUGAAGCAAAUUCUGCAACCUCUCUCUUAGCUUGUGCUAAUAUAACCUUUCUUCACCCUACUUCACUGGAGAUGGAUUCACGGGGCGUUGAUCAACUAGGAGUAAAUGUGACAUUUAAACAAGUGUCAGAUUUAGACCGUACGAUUGUGCAGGUGACUUUAACCGAUCGGAAUCAUGGGGCAGGAGCUUACAGCAUCCACACGCUUCCCAUCCAAGCUGGUUUGUCUGACACUGGUGCCUGUUCUGACUCUCGUGUUGGAGGUCGUUACAACCCAUUCCAUGUUAAUGAAUCUCUGUCCCCUGAGCCACUCAGGGGCACAGUUGACCAGUACGAAGUUGGUGACAUCAGUGGGAAAUUUGGAACACUGGACAGUUGGAACCAAACAACUGAGGAGUACAUGGACAGGAACCUGCCCCUAUUUGGGCCUCGCAGCGUUGUGAGACGUUCACUGGUUAUUUACCAUACAAACGGAUCACGUUUACAAUGUGCAAAUCUGCUUCCGGUGAAAGCUACAGACGGUGAAUUCAUUGAAGCCAGAGCCGUGUUUAAUGGUACGGUCUUGGGUACAAUUAUUCUGUCACAACAAGUCUUUGCAGAUGGUAGUUCAAGUGACACAACUAUGGAAAUAGACCUUCAGCCAGCCAAGCCUAACUCAGGUGGUAUCAAUAAUCUAAUGUGGCACGUUCAUACCAAUCCUCGACAGUAUAACGAGAACUGCACUGGUGUCGGAGGACAUUAUAAUCCUUAUAAUGUAGAUACUAAGGCUCGCUACAAUUUAAGUUGUUCUUCAGCCUAUCCUUUGCACUGUGAAGUGGGAGACUUAGAAUCUAAACAGGGCCUCCUUGAUCUUGGAAAGAGGCAUUUGAAGAAUGACGUGUAUCUGCCACUUCAUGGAGAUUUUACUAUUGUAGGCAGAUCAGUGGUGAUUCACAGUGAAGGACCAGUUAAAGCCCUAAUGGAUUGCACUAAUAUUGUUGCUGAUUCUCCAACGAAAUUACUUGUUUUCCCAAAAGUGGACCCAUUCAACAGGUAUGAAUUCCGCAGAACUGUUGCUGAUGUUCUUGGGAUUUCUGUCUGGAGAGUGAACAUAUUACCAGGGGGUCCAUCUGCAGCCAGUGCAAAAGGAUGCCAGCAAAUCACCUUCUACGUGGCAGGACAUGUUGAUCAGAGCAAGCUGAAUAAACUGGAUAAUGAUGAGAAUCUGGGCAAAUUCAAAGCCUCUGCAAAAUGUACAACAGAUCCUAGUGGUGUGGCUCCAGGCCUUCUCCCGUAUGUUGAGCGAUUUAUUUUCUGGAUCCUGACACUGACAAUGCAGCUGGUCCUGUACUCUCUGUUUGAAUAAUUGCAUUGCGAAUGACGUCAGCACCUCCAUCUGGUCCAAAAUGCUGGUUUCACAACAAAAACAAAUCAUAUAAUGUAUCACAUUUAAACAAACCCAGGGUUUAACUGCUGUUGAUUUCCUUAGAUUGCACCAAAUGGUUCAUUCUUAGACUUGCACUUUAUUUUCCUGUGAAUCAAUGUGUUAUGCCUUGAAAUUCAGAUCUUCAAGUACAUAGUGGAUGAAUACUUAAAGUUCUUCAGAUUCAUUUCCCUGCUAUUUUAAAGAAGCAAGUUAGUUCCUUUGUUAAAACAGUUGACAAAGAGACAUAGAGUGAGCAAUUAGAGCUAAUAUGCAAAGAUUGUAAUUUGAAGGCAUCAGAGGGCUAAGGCGAAGUAAAAUAAUGAACUCAGAGAAAUGUAGUUUUGGUAAAUAUUAUACAGAACGAAUUUUUAGUUCUAAAGCCAUGAAAGUAAAAAUGGCAUAUAUUCAACAAAGUGAAGAUUCAAGACGAGCCACAAAUUAUAUAUAAAAUAUGUGUGAUAUGACUUGUGUAGUAUAGCAAAUGAUUAAGAAACAGAAAUGUACCUUCGCAUUAAGAUUAUAUUGUUGACUUGAAACCUCAUUGUGAUGUUCAAUUUUUUUAUAUUUGUACUGUAAUGUUGACUUCAAUUUAGGAUUUUCAAUUUAAAAUUUAUUCUGUAAUAUAUCCAUGUGAAUGAUGACAACUUCAUAGUGUGCCUUUCAUAACCUCAGGAUGGCCCAAAGUGCUUUGCAGCCAAUGAAGUACUUUUGAAACGUAGUCACUGUUGUAUUGUAGACAUAAACAGCCAAUUGCAAUGAAAUUCGACGAAGAUUACUAACUGAAUCAUGGAAAUUCCAGCAUCCAACCUGUUCCAUUGCUGGCACUAGCUCUUAAACUGGACCCACCUGCUCUGUUUUGCUAUCCUUUUCCUUACAAUCUUCAUUUUGGCUUGUUUCUCCCAUCCUUUAAAAUUCUGGAAGUUUUUUGCUCCACUCCCUUUGUUCUUUCAAUGAUGAUUCUGAACCCAUAUUCUUUUGUUACUGAAUCCACAAUAUCUUUUGCUGUUUAUUCUCUCAAAAUAUUUCAGAAUUUUGAAAUCCUCCAAUAGAUUGUCUGAAAUUUUCUCUUAAGUAAAGCAAAAUUGCCAAAUUCUUUCGUAUUUCUUCCUAAGAUUCAUUUCCUAUUCCAGAUAUAUUGCACUGUUUUCUUUAAUAGGUAGCUCAGAGGCACCAGAAAAGCUUCAUCUGUGACAUACUCAUUUAACAUCACUUUCUGUUUUUAGUAUUCCGUGCCUCCAUGUUUGCAGCAGAAAAUUUGCUACCUCCUGAAUAUUUUGCUUUACCUAUAUUUUAAAAGGUCUUUCUUUCUGCACAACUGCAUCAUUUCUAUUCUUUCAUUGAGAUUUUAUUGUUUAACGUUUAUGUCUGUUAAUUGUUCUCCACAUCCCCACACCACAAAAUGUAUGAUUGACAUUUCUCAACAGUGAACUACAUCUGUCUCCACACAACCCAGUAUGCUGUUCUUCAGUUCCAAGCCCAUGAGUUUGUUAACACCAACAUACUUCAAUCUUUUUUCACUGCUUAUGUCUAAGUCACUGAUAAAAGCUGAAAGUCAGAGACCAAGAUCCAUUAGUGGAUCACAACCAGAAAACAUCCUCAAUUAUCAAUAUUGCCCUUGAAACAAAUCAUGCAUCCUAAUAGCCGUAGCUUGUCUACAGUGAAACCUUAUUAAACACCUUCUGAUAAUUCUUAUAAACUACUACCACUGCAUUCUCUUUAUGUUUACACAGUGUGAUUUUUCUCAAUCAAAUUAAAUUACUCAAAUACAAUGGGCCAAGUUUUUGCCUUGGAUUCCAAUCAUGUCAUUAUGAAGCAGUAGUGCCCAGGCAAUGAUAGCACAGCAGGCCUGGCUGUCUGCAGCAGCACUGUCCAAUUUAGAGUGAAGAGCACGUGAGGCGGGCAGGGCUCUUAAAAAAAAAACUCCCCAACAGUAAAAGAUCCUCCUCCAUCAGAGGCAGGCACUGCCAAUGUAGAUUGGUGAGGGAGGAAAGUACGUCAAGAUGGAGGAACAAAAACAGAAGUUGCUGGAAAAGCUCAGCAGGUCUGGCAGCAUCAGUGAAGAAAAGAACAGAGUUAACAUUUCGGGUCCAGUGACCCAUCCUCAGAACUGACGGUGGCUGGGAAAACAUCAGUUUUUAUGCAGAAGAAAGGGAGGGUUUGGGGUAGGGAGUAAAUGAAAGGAUAGAGCUUAAAGAGAGAGAGGAGCAGACAGAGUUGAUAACAGUGAUAACAGUUUCAGCAUCUGUAGUUCUUUCGGUUUUUAUUCCUCAAAAUAGAGGCAUCCGCUGAAGAAAUCUUCCCAUUGGUUGGCCUUCAGUCGCAGCUGUGUUCCGGUGGUUAUACUGGCAUGAGGGCCUUAACUUUAAUGAUGGACUGCUGUGCUCAUUGUUGCCUCUAUUCAUUAGUAGACAGCCUGCAAGCUGACUAUGGGCAGGUGGGUGGCACUGCCCUGAAAUGGGCCACUCCAAAAUGGCUCUGAAGUGGGAUUGUGCUGGCACACUGGAAAGCUAGCUGGUAGUGGGGCAGUUGCCAGCCUAUCCACCACUGUUCCUACCUCUGCAGCUAAUUGAAAGAUUGACCUGACAUGCCCUUUGAACUAUUAGAUCAUACCCAUUCACCCCACACCCCACCCCGAAAAGAUUUGAUGCAUUUUAACUUGUGAUACAACUCCAGUAGUCUGCAUUGGGAUAAGAUUCUGGCUUCUAAUGUUCUGACUUUUUACUUUAUCCCAUCUUGAGCAGGUAUGUAACUACGUACAAUAUUCCAAUCCUUUAUAAUAUUCCUGAAUCCAAAGAUACUUUGGAACUUAUGAUCAGUACUUCUACUAGCUUUUUCCUUGUGUCUUUGCAGUAUUCUGGGGCAGCUCUACGUUUGGUCCCAUUGAAUAUUUCUCAGUUGUAUCGAUUUGUCCGUAUUCUCUUUGUUACUCUUGCAUUCCAAUUUCUUGUACUUUUGUGAAAGCGUAGCAAACUACUUUCACACACAGGAUGGUUGCUUUAUCACUUUCCUAUCUUUAGUUACCCUGCUAAUGUGCAUGCUAAUUUUCUUUCCUUUCAUGUUGACUGCCCAGAUUCGUAGUUUUUUAAAAUCUCUAUUGAACGACUGACGUACUUCAAUUAUAUUCACUGAAAAAUUUAUUUGAUUACUGGGAAAUAUCAUGCCAGGGAAUCUUGUCUAUGUGUGUAUCUUUUAUAUUGCCAAUUAUGAUUCAUUGUUAUAUAAACUAAUUUGUGAGUUUUUGAGCCCUGUAGUUUAGAUGCAGUAAGUCAUAUCAUUUGCUUGUUUUAAUCCUGCUUAUGACAUGUAUAUAAGUGAAAUUAAUAAAAAAAAAACCCAACGUAACUCGUGAGAAAUAAAGCAAUCCUGGAAUAAUCACAAAUAUAAUGUUAUUUUCAAUAACACUUGAUAAGUACAAGUUAUUGUCUCAGAUCUCUGCAUAUAUUUACCAAAGUACCUUUGAGCUCAUUGUAGAGUUUAUCAGCUUUUCUUGUCUGAAUGUUUUGCUUUUAAUUAUAUUUGUUGCUUAAAUAUAAAGUUGCAUUUAAAAUUUGAUGCUGUUAUUCAAAAUUAAUCACUUAGGUUAACAGAUUUAAUGUACAGUUAUCAUUUUUAUGUACAUUAGAAAGUUGUACUUUUUGAGGAUAUUAAAUUAGCCAGUUUUAAUUGAUUAAAUUCUAUUUGUAAGUGACUUCCCAGAAGAGCGACAGGAAAUAAUCUGUAUUGCAAUUACCUUUUAGAUAGCAUUAUUUUAGAUGUCACAAGACACACAAAUUGUUUGGAAAUUGGUUAAACAAAUACAUUGUAUGGUUAAAUCAUGAAACAGAAAUAAAAUCAGGCA